AUGUACCGCUUUGCAACCUCCCUUGCCUCCAAAGCUAGAAUUGCUAGGAGCAGCACUCAACAAAUUGGAAGUAGGGUGAGUUGGAGCAGGAAUUAUGCUGCCAAAGACAUUAAGUUUGGCGUGGAGGCCCGGGCUUUGAUGCUUAAGGGUGUUGAAGAGCUUGCCGAUGCUGUCAAAGUAACCAUGGGCCCUAAGGGGCGUAAUGUAGUGAUUGAGCAGAGCUUUGGUGCACCCAAAGUGACAAAAGAUGGAGUAACUGUUGCUAAGAGCAUUGAAUUCAAGGACAAAGUCAAGAAUAUCGGUGCCAGUCUUGUAAAGCAGGUUGCAAACGCUACCAAUGAUGUGGCUGGCGAUGGAACCACAUGUGCUACAAUUCUUACCCGAGCUAUAUUUACGGAAGGGUGUAAGUCAGUUGCAGCUGGAAUGAAUGCUAUGGAUCUGAGACGAGGUAUAAAUAUGGCUGUUGAUGCUGUGGUGACAAAUCUGAAAAGCAGAGCACGGAUGAUUAGCACUUCUGAAGAAAUUGCACAGGUUGGGACAAUAUCUGCCAAUGGGGAGAGGGAAAUUGGUGAGUUAAUUGCAAAAGCUAUGGAGAAAGUUGGCAAAGAGGGUGUGAUCACUAUCUCAGAUGGCAAGACAUUAUAUAACGAAUUGGAAGUUGUUGAAGGAAUGAAGCUUGACAGGGGAUACAUUUCUCCGUAUUUCAUAACAAACCAGAAGAAUCAGAAAUGUGAACUAGAGGACCCUCUCAUUAUAAUCCAUGAAAAGAAAAUCUCGAGCAUAAAUGCCAUUGUUAAAGUAUUAGAGUUGGCUUUGAAGAGACAAAGACCUUUGUUGAUUGUUGCUGAGGAUGUGGAAAGUGAUGCCCUUGCAACUCUUAUUCUAAAUAAACUUCGUGCUGGAAUCAAGGUAUGUGCAAUCAAAGCUCCAGGUUUUGGUGAAAAUCGGAAAUCUGGUCUCCAGGAUCUUGCUGUCCUUACGGGGGGUCAACUUAUCACGGAAGAGCUUGGCUUGAAUCUUGAAAAAGUGGAUUCGGAAAUGUUUGGUUCUUGCAAAAAGAUAACAAUUUCUAAAGAUGAUACUGUUAUUCUUGAUGGAGCUGGUGAUAAGAAAGCAAUUGAAGAAAGAUGCGAGCAGAUUAGAUCAGCAAUUGAAAACAGCACUUCAGAUUAUGACAAGGAAAAGUUACAAGAAAGAUUAGCCAAACUUUCUGGGGGUGUUGCAGUGCUUAAGAUUGGAGGAGCUAGUGAGGCCGAAGUUGGAGAGAAGAAGGAUAGGGUGACAGAUGCCUUAAAUGCAACCAAGGCUGCUGUAGAGGAGGGAAUAGUACCAGGUGGUGGUGUCGCCCUUCUUUAUGCAUCAAAGGAGUUGGAUAAGCUUCAAACUGCCAAUUUUGAUCAGAAGAUAGGUGUCCAGAUUAUCCAAAAUGCUUUGAAGACUUCUGUGCACACAAUUGCUUCGAAUGCAGGAGUUGAAGGUGCUGUUGUUGUUGGCAAACUGUUGGAACAGGAUAAUUAUGAUCUUGGGUAUGAUGCAGCUAAAGGUGAAUACGUUGAUAUGGUUAAAAGUGGAAUCAUUGAUCCAUUGAAGGUGAUCAGGACCGCCUUGGUUGAUGCAGCCAGUGUGUCAUCUUUAAUGACGACAACUGAAGCUGUUGUGUCUGAACUUCCAAAGGAUGAUAAAGAUGUUCCUGCCAUGGGUGGUGGCGGCAUGGGUGGCAUGGAUUAUUAAGGAACUAUUUUGGUAGUUUUUUUCUGGACUGGAGUGAAGUUGUGCGUCGCCAUUAUUUUGCCUUUUUUUUUUUUCCGUUGAUAUGUUGACAAAAGGCAUCAUGUAUCCGUGUAAGCAUAGGUAGAGAUAAAAAAAAAUAUGUAGGGAGAUAUGGUGGUUGCAAUGGAAUUGAGGAACACCUGAAACAUUUUUCAGAUUCCAAAUUAUGAUUGAACAUUGUUCCACUCUGAAAUUGUCAAUUGAAAGACGGCCCCGAAAUAAUUUCAGUAGAUUGAACUUCGUA